AUGUUGCCUGGUCCCUUUCGCAUCGUCGAGCAUGUCGUUCCAUGCCAGCAUAUCCGCGAGUAUCCCGCGGCUACAGCCAACGAACAGGAGGACGAACUCCAGCUGGCUGAACUUUAUGAACCUCUUUGGGAAGAAAUCUAUGCACGAUCCAAAGCCAAUGGAUUCCGUAUCCGGAGUAUCUGGAUGGCGGAUGUUGCGCAUCAGGGACAAAGCAGCGUGAUUAACGAAGAUCUGCUAGGAAAUGAUCGUACCGCCCCCCGUCUUUUCUCCAGCUGGUUUGAUCAUCCGAGGGAUCUCCUCCACCUCGUCAAUGUCAAACGUAAAGAGAUGCCGCGCCCCAUUGUCGGAAUCGGCCAUAGCUUUGGGGGCGCCCACCUUACGCACUUGUGUCUCAUACAUCCCCGUCUCAUUCAUACCCUCAUUCUACUAGACCCCGUUAUCCAACGAGAAUCAACCCAGCUGGACCAUGCGGAGGCGAUCAACCAGAAACUAACAAUCACCAAAACAACCCAGCUAUCCACAUACCGAAGAGACCGAUGGCCCUCCCGAAAAGCCGCAGCCACCAGCUACAAGAAAAACCCGGUCUACCAAGCGUGGGACCCCCGCGUAUUGGAACGCUGGAUCCAAUCGGGUCUCCGAGACCUUCCCACCGCCAUCCACCCUCUCUCUGAAGACCAAUCCACCAACAUGGGCAGCGACGAUGACCGACCUGUGACAUUAACCACCCCUCUCCACCAAGAGGUCUUCACAUUCUCGCGUCCCAACUACGACGGCCCACCUGGCAAAGACGUCCCUCCCAACCAGUUGACGCAUCCCGAUCUCAACCCCAACCAUUUGGGAUCAUUCCCAUUCUAUCGUCCGGAGCCGUCGCGCAUCUUCGCCCAGCUGCCGCAUCUCCGCCCCAGUGUGCUGUACGUCUUCGGCGGCAAGUCAGAGAUGUGUCAGCCGGAGAUGAUGGCCGAUAAAAUGGCCACCACCGGCAGGGGAGUCGGAGGCAGUGGAGGUGUUCCGGUCGGUCGAGUGCGCGACGUCUAUUUCGAACGGUUUGGACAUCUCCUAGCCCAAGAGGCGCCGAUCGAAUGCGGCGAAGCGGCUAGUAAGUGGCUGGGCUCGGAGCUGAAGCGAUGGCGGGAGGAGGACGAAGCGUUCCGGGCACAAUGGAGCCGAAAGUCCAAGGUCGAGAAGCAGACGAUCGACGCGCGGUGGAAGGAACAUGUGCCGCCUCCGGUGCGGCCGACAAAGGGAGAUGAUUCGAAGUCGAAGUUGUGA